AGGAGGGGAUGGAGGAGGAGGGAGAUGGGCAGAGUCUGCGUGCAGCAGGCCCGGCGAUGUAAUUUACACAGCGGCAGCAGCAGCAGCAACUUUUAGCGGAGAAUGCGCGGCGUGUAAGAGACUUAACGCGGCUCAAUCAAGCGCCGCCGCCGCUGCUGCGCUAUGGAACACAACCCAAUCGAGUGGGUGGGGGCCCCGUGUGGAUCCCAUGGACCUUACACCUUCUACAAAGCAUUCACGUUCCGGCCCUGCUGCGGCGGAGGGGGGGCCGUGCCCACUGCGGUGAGCCCCCUCGAAGCGGGGCCCGCGUCGGUGCCAGCCUGGCCCACCGCGGGCCCUGGAGAAGAAGGGCCCCUCCGCGUGAGCAGCAGCAGGAGGAGGAGGUGCGCGGAUGACGAGGGUCGCCCCGGGGCCCCCCGCGUGCUGGCGCUGGGGGAGUUCUUCGCACUGCGCUGGGCACCCGGCGAGCCGACUUGCCUGGCCGAGCUGCAGCUGCUGUGGGAGGACAGCGGCCGUGGAGAGAUGCUGUCCAGCUCACGUCUCUACUUCAAGCCAGAGGACACUGCCGGUGGACGAGCGGCCGAACAUGGACAAGACGAGCUGCUCGCCGUCUCCGAGAAGGUGGUGCUGCGUCUGCGGGACCUCGUGCGUUGGGCCUCGGGCGUCGAGCUGCCCCCCUGGGCCGGGGGCCCCUCGCCGGGCACCCGCGACGCCCCCUCCCCGCACGGGGCCCACUGUCAGGGCCUCGCGUCGACGCGCGGGACGGCCGCGGUCUGCGGCCUCGACUUUGGCGACGUGGAGAAGGAGCGCGCGCAGCUCGGUGACUGCUACUGCCCGGCUGCCCUCAUCCUGGGCUUCCCGCAGUACUGCCGCUACCGCGCGCUGCUCAAGCGCCUGCACGAGCCCGGCAAGGCGCUUUCGGACCCGACCGCGCUGGCGCUCUGGGGGCUUGGGGUGCUGGGCCCCCCGCCGGCCUCCUCCCCCCCCACGUCUCCGCUCCAGCCGCCGCAGUUCCCCGUGGUCAAGUCGGGCCCCUCGGUGCGAGUCUUCUUCUGCCGAGAGACGUUCGAGCACCCGGGGCUGGUGGAGGAUGUCUCCGUGUGCCUGGAUUAUGCUCCGAACCUGAAGGGCCGUCCCCGGAAGAGACGCGCGCGAUUCGGACGCUCGGAUUCGCGGUGUCGCCGAGACUCGAGGAGCUCCACCGAGGAGCAGGAGACCAAGGCCAAGGUGAAGUCGGAGCUCAAAAACCACACGUGCGCCGACGGACCCACGAGGCCGCGCGCCGUCAGCAAGUCCGGCGCUGGCGGCGGCUCGUCCGCCAGGACGGGCGCUGGCGACGGCGCCUCAAAGCCCAAGGCCGGCGGAGCCUGCCCCCCGGCCGGGGGCGCCACCGUGGCCGCCCCCGCCGCCGCCGCCACCGACGCCGCUCUGUCUCCGGCCGCCACGCCGACCGCAGGGGCCGCGUCUCCGGGGGAGGGAGCGACCAACUCGGCCGCUCGCGUUGCCGCGGCGACGGUCGCGGCGGCGUCGUCGUCCGCCACGGUCGUCACCGCGGCGGUCGCGGCGACGGCGGCGGCGGCGGUGGCCGGCGGCGCGCAGGGGAAGGGCGAGAAGACGGCGGAGGAGGAGAACUUCCUGCGGGAGCUGCACGCGUUCAUGCGCACGCGCAAAACCCCCAUCGGCCGCAUCCCCAACCUCGGCUUCAAGCAGGUCGACCUGUGGGUGAUGUUCAGAGCGGUGCAGGAGCUCGGUGGCUACGAAGCGGUGACGUCACAGCGGCUCUGGAAGCAGAUCUACGACACACUGGGUGGAAACCGCGGCAGCACGAGCGCCGCCACGUGCACCCGGCGCCACUACGAGAGGCUCAUCCUUCCGUACGAGCGGCACGUGAAGGGCGAGGAGGACAAGCCACUCCCUCCGCCGGUGAAGCCGCGCAAGCGGAGCGACGCCUCCUCCUCCUCCUCCUCGGGCGACAAGAAGAAGCAGCAGCAGCAGAGCGAAGAGGAGGAGGAGGGGGAGACGACGAUGACGGCGGACGAGAAGGAAGAACGCCUCCGGCGAUUGGAGGCCGAGGCGGGUAACGCGGUCGCCGCGCCGGCGGGGGCGGCCGUCCGACGAGAGUCGGCCGACGGUGCCGUCAAGAGGCCGAGCGCGAUGGUGCUCAAGGACAAGGAGGUGAAGCGGGAGAGUGUGGAACUCGCCACGCGGGCCCUCCACCCCGACUCGAAGGAGGACAGCCCGUCCGCCGUGCCGCUCGUCAGCGGCCUCGUCAUCCCGGAGCUCAAGAAGGAGUCGGCCAGCAUCCUCAAGGACGACUGGCUGCAGAGCGUUCUCAAGCGGCAGGCGGGCGCCGGCGAGCAGCGGGUCCUGGCCGUGGGCCACGCCGUGCCGGGCCUCCUGCAGGCCCGCACGGUGCAGGGCCACCUCGGCCACUUCGUCAACAACAUCAUCAUGUCGCAGUUCUCCGACUUCGGCCCCGCGCGCUGCGCCACCGACGCCGGCUCGGCCGCCCGUGAGGGCCAACCGCAGGCGGCCGACGACGGGGGCCCCGAGCUGAGCUCGCUCGCCGCCGAAGGAGGCCCCGCAAAGAACGGGGUGACGGCCGCGACCGGACUGGCGGCACCGUCGCCUCAGCCGGUGGCCGGCGCGGGCGGCGGCGGCGGCGGUAAUGGCGGCGGGCCGGGCGCGAUGUCGCCGCUCGCCCGUAAGAAGCUGCUGGCGCAGGUGAGCGCCAUGAAGCCGGUGGGAGCGGCGCCGCAGCCGCUGGCGUUGCGCGGCGGCGGUGCGGCCGACGCUCCCGACGUGCCCUCUCCGCCGUCGCCCCUGAAUGUCGCGGCCUCCUCUGGCAAGAGGCCGACCGUGAUCCAGCACGUUCAUCUGGGCACCGGCGCGGGCAGGGAGACGGACGAGAUGCCGGGUUUCGACCCGGCGCUCUCCUCAAAGGAGGUGAGCCGCCUGACCGAGUUCUACGGGAAGCACUUCACGCUGCCGUACCUCGCCCACCCCUUCAACGCGGCGGUGACGGCGGCGCUGUCGGCGGAGAGCGCGUGGCACGACGCCGACGCCAGGGACUCGCUGCGGCACUCGCCGCGGUGCCGGGGCGAGCAGGAGGCGAGCCGGCGCAGGCCGGAGUUGGACGACCGCCUACCGAGCUCGCCGCCGGCACUGCUGCGGUCGCCGCCGCGGACGGCGCGGGGUCCAGUGGCCGGGGCGCCGGCGGAGCCGUGCGGCGAUGACGAGCAGCCGACCGACCUCAGCCUGCGCAAGCCGGUGACGCCGCAGAAGCUCGCGGCGGGCACGAAGCCGGAGGCGGCGGCGCGGCCCAAGCCGCCCCCACCGGCGCCGUCGCCGGCGAUGGACGCGUCGAAGGUCAAGGGUCACCCAGUGCCGGAGUUCCUGAAGGCGAUGCCAUUCGCGUCGUUCCCCCUGAUCUCGCACGCGUUCUUCGACCUCAACCGCCUGUGCGGCGGCAUCGCUUCCAAGCAGCAGCAGCAGCAGCAGCAGUCCCAGCCGGGCGUCGCCACCGGCACCGGCCCGGUGUUCCUGGACAAGACCGUGGCCGCGAGGCAGCAGCAGAACGCCGAGCAGCCUCCCUCCGCCGGUGCCACGAGCCCCCGCAAACGGACGGCGUCUGACGGCGGUGGUGGCAGCGGUGGCGUCGGCAGCGGCGACGCGCCGAGCAAAAAACUCAAGACGGAGGGGGAGGCGCCGAGCUCCGCCGUGGCGCCGCAGUUCUACCUGAGCCCGUUCAGCAUGGCUCUGCUGCCGCAGACGAAGGCCGCGGUCGGCGACACGAGUGGCGGUGGCGGCGCCGGCACCGUGACCUUCUCCGGCACCCACGACGGGCGCCUGCAACCCGUGCCGAUCCCUGAGCAGCUCUUGAAGGCGCGCGCCGCGGGCAUCCCCAUCCUGCCGCUCAACCCUUUCCUGGUGCCGGCCACUUUCCAGGGGCGGCCGCUGCUGCUGCCGGCACCCGUGCGGCCGCAGGUGGCGUACGGACGCGUGGCCCCGUCGCCCUCGUCACCAUCGGCGGUGUCGUCGUCGUCCUCGUCCUCCUCUUCCUCCUCCUCCACGUCCUCGUCCACCUCCUCGUCCACCUCCUCGUCGCCUACGCUGUCGCCCGCGUCGGUGUCGUACGAGGAGAUUCUGCACCGCAGCCGACUGGCCUACGCCGCCAUGGUGCACUCUCCGCUCAUUUACCCCAACGGCAGGAUGUGAGGGAGCAGCGCGCCUGGGCUGGCACGGGAGUGGGGGGCGGUUUGGGGGGCCGCUGCGCAGUCCGAUAAACGAUGACCUUUCUGAUGAACCGGUUGGUUCCCCCGCGCUCGCUCGCCGGACGUGCCGGCCCGGAGCGACGGUGGUCCCCAAACUCGCGAUCAUUUCACUCGUCCGUUGUACUGCACUGGCAAAUUUUUGUUAAAGAAGAAAAAAGAAUGAAAUAACGGAAAGAAAAAAAUAAUUUCAUGAAGUUCAUGGCUAAUGCUGGUAUGUGAAUUUUUCACGGGCUGCGCACUGAAGCUUUUUUAUAGGUAAUUUGGCCGACUCUUAACGCUCUCACGAGGAACUCGGUUACAGACAUCUAUUUUUCUAAACAAACCUCAGACUUUAGGCAAGGACCUCCAUCCGCAAGCUCAAAAUAACCGCUGUGUCCUUCGUAAGAAGUAUAAACUGCAAACCUCUCUCCCAUUGGAGGAACAUUAACAGAGUAUUUUCCAUGCACGAUCAAAGAUAAUGAUGUGAAUACAGCAACUUCUUGUGCCAUCUUUUCUGCCCAGCAUGACAAGACAAAACCACAUGCACACACACUCGCACACACUCUCACACACGCACGAACACACGCGCACACUCUCUUGUUCUGCGUCAGAACGAGAGCGAUGCCAGUUUCACCGAUUUCCCCAUUCGUACCCGACGCAAAACGCCAUCGCAAUGUGAACCACCCCUCAAAGCGUAACUGGUAGUACUACUGACAAGCGGUGGAACCGAUACGUUUUUGCUGACGAGUUAGGGAAAACAUUCCGCGGCGGGAUGAUGUUCUAGUUUCAUCGCGUGGGGAGCUCUUCGGCGGAUUUGCGCGCAAGGUGCGCGUUCUCUGCGAUGGAGCCGAGCGUUGCCUUAAAACGAGCGGGUGGCAGCUACAAUAGAAAACCUACAGCAGGGAGGCUCGCGUGUGCGCGCCUGGGUCUUGCUGUUACGCUGGUCGGAGGAGAUUUCAAAAAUGUCCUCCCAUGAAAAUAAUAAUAAUGAGCUGUACAUUUGGCAGGCUUUCUUCUUAACACUGGCUGCAAACGGGGGAAAAAACGGACGUAUUUUUUAUAACUAUUUCUCUAUGUAGAAAAACAAAUGUAUUUACAAAUUGUUAACUGACGACGCAAAUAUCUAUAUGUAUGUGUAUAUAUAUAAAACAAUUACUGCGUUACUGUACUUGUAAAAGAAACCACACAUUUGAGUUCGGGCCCGAUUUAGAAGUUUUUGUUUUCAUCACGGCGCAGCGAUGGCACGUUCGCCACUUGCCGCAGAGGUUCGCGGUUCGAAUUCCGGUGGCCGUACUGGUAAAUACUGCUGUGUAUAUUGACCGGAGUAACAAUACUGUACUACGUGCAACGUCUUCUUCACUCACAGCUGACGUUAACAAUGCCUCCCGGACGUCGUUCGCAAGAGUAGGCAAUUGUGUGCCGAAGUCGGGGUCCAAAUUUGACCAAAUGCGCAAAUUACGCCGCAUUCACUCAAUUGGAAUGAUACAUAGCAGUAACCAUCGCCCCCUACUGACCAGACUAAUGCCCCAGUCGUUCUUGCAAAUGAAACCACUGUCCUGGUCUCCUGAGGUUCUCUCACCUGGUACUUGGGUAAACAAAAUGAACUUAACUCGAUCCGUCGACGGCGGCGGCAGCGCGUGGCGAACAACCUUGGCUGACCAAUCACACGACUGCGGGAAUAAAUCACGUGAUGCACUGCCAGUUACCCCCCCAUCCUUUUUUUGUCGUCUAGAAAUUCCUUUACUCUUUAGUUAGCUUCAGGCGCGUGUGCGCGCGGAUGCGGUCGGUCCGUUUUCUCUUUCCGUUACGUUUGCGUUUACUGUAAUUUUAACAAAUUUACUAAAAAUAUAAUACUUUAGCCGUUAAUGGCGCGGUGCUGUUUCCUUGACAUCCCAUUUAUAAAGCCCCACUUGUCCGCCUGGGUGGGUUCAGGCCGAAUGCCGAUUUGGUGCUUCUUUUGGUGAGAUUUCGUCGGCUUUCUUGAUUUUUACGGAGGGGGGGGGGGCGUAGAAGUUCUCGUGAGCACGGUGGUGGCGGGGGGCGGGGGACUUGAACUUGGCUCCGUCUGUGUCGCUCUGUGGGGCCUCCCCUCCCGGUCCCCUCCGGCGUGGCGUGGAACGACGUGAGAUCAUCCCCCGAGGGUUCUCCCGAUGGGGUUUCUUUGCACAACGUUUCCAUUGCCGUGCCAACUCUCGCAAACCAUGUUCCCGGAGUUUCUCUCCAUCGCUCACCUCAUUGGGAAAAAAGGAUGUUAAAGAUAUAUUUACGUGUGUGUGUGUGUGUUUUAUCAGUUCUUUUGAUUCGUCCAUACUCUCAGACUGAUAAGAUGUAAUUAUUGUUUUUUUUUAAUUAUUAUUUAAGGUUUUUUUUCUUCUUACAAAUACAAACUCUACACAUUUUAUUAUCAUGUUAUCUACACGCAAAGUAGCGCACGUAUUUUACAGUACGGACAUUGUAAUGUAUUUUCACUUAUUUUUACGUGUGUGUGUGCGUGUAAGCUGUGUACAAUUGCUUUAAAAAAACAAGUUUUGCUGUUUUAAUCGUUUUAGACGUUACAAUAUAUUAUUGAACUGUAUGCCUCAAACUGGCAGUUUCACACGUAUUCACCAACAUCUUACAUGAGUUUGCCAGAUGAUUUUAUUGGUCAAUUAUGUUCUGGUUGUUAUUGACGACGAUGAUGAUGACGGUGAUGAAAACUGUGCCUAACAACUGCAGUUCACUUUUUAUUUUUAAACCUGUGUCGGCUUCUAAUUAAACAAAAAAUAUU